CGAAAAAGCACGCUCACCAAAAGACAGGAUGGAGAAAACGAGCGAGUUCCACGAUCUAGCCGAUGAUCACAUUGUCAUUGCAGGCCCACACAGUCUUGGCGGAGCGAUGGACUUCAACUUCAGCUAUCCGCCAAGACAAGACGGAUCUGCCUCUAAGCGCAAACUUCUGUGCAAUAGACUGCAAGACACGUCAAGCGACGAAGGCGCUUACCAUCUACUACGUGCUCCCGACUACAUACCCCUCUCAAUAACCCAAGCUACGACAUAUAUCAAUGGGCAUACGCCUCGAACCACAAUAUCCAGUUACCAAGACGAGUUCUACGACAGUAGUAGCAGCAAAGAGAACCUCCUCAAACUCGAUAGGGGAGAUCUUCGGCGGGAUGAAAGCGUAUUAAACUCAAUUGUGACAUCUUGGCAGAUAACAUUUGAGAGUGUCCGCAGAGAGAGGCGUUCUGCUGCAGACUUGUUAUCGCUUAUGAGCUUCUUUAACCCGCAAAAGAUUCCCGAAUUUGUUCUUCGCAAUUAUACGCGGAGUCUAAAGGGGAGAAUCCGCAAUGUGAGGCAUCUGUUCUCCACAUUACAUCAUCUAAAAGAUAGAAGAGGAAGUGGUGCUCAAAAAGGGUUUGACGGCGAUAUCGAGGUUUUACAGGCGUACUCCUUAAUAAGUGCGACCGCCGAGAAGGGCGUUUUGAAAAUGCACCCCCUAGUGCAGCUCUGCACAAGAGCAUGGCUAUCCUCAUCUAGAAAAGUGGGAAAUUGGGAGUUGACGUUCUUAGCGUCAAUGGCAAGAGAAUUCCGAUCUAGCAGCCUAGAGAACUGGGCGGAGUGUAAACAGCUGGUCCCGCACGUUGAAUCGUUUUAUUACGGCGAACUCGCUGGUAAGUCGUUGAAGAAGUGGAAUCAAGUGAUCGUAGAUAUAGUAUGGUUGCUACGGAAACAGGGGAAAUACAACGAAGCGGAGAAGCUGAGCCGGCGAGCGCUAGAAGGGAGGGAGAAGGAGCUAGGUGUACAGCACCCGCAUACACUGACGAGCGUGAACAACCUAGCGGGCAUACUGCAGGAGCAGGGGAAGUACGACGAAGCAGAAAAGCUGAGCCGGCGAGCGCUAGACGGGAUGGAGAAGGAGCUAGGUGUACAACACCCACAUACGCUAAUGACUGUGAACAACCUAGCGAGCAUAUUGCAGGAUCAGGGGAAGUACGACGAGGCAGAGAAGCUGAGCCGGCGAGCGCUAAAAGGGGGGGAGAAGGAGCUAGGUGUACAGCACCCAUGUACGUUGAAGAGCGUGAGCGGCCUGGCGUUAGUGCUGUGGUGUCAGGGGAAGUACGACGAAGCAGAGAAGCUGAAUCGGCGAGCGCUAGAAGGGUAUGCAAAGGGGCUAGGUGUACAGAAUCCUUCUACGCUAACAAGCCUGGGAAACCUAGCACUAUUACUGCAAGAUCAGGGGAAGUACGACGAAGCAGAGAGGUUGAACCGGCGAACGCUAGAAGGGUACGAGAAGGAGCUAGGCGUCCAGCACCUGCUUACGCUGACAAGCGUGGGAAACUUAGCAUCACUACUGGAAGGUCAGGGGAAGUACGACGAAGCAGAGAAGCUGAACCGGCGAGUGCUAGAAGGAUACGAGAAGGAGCUAGGUGUACAUCACCCACAUACGCUGACGAGCGUGAACCGCCUUGCGAUCGUACUGCGAGAUCAGGGGAAGUACGAAGAAGCAGAGAAGCUGAACCGGCGAGCACUAGAAGGAUACGAGAAGGAGCGGGGUGUACAGGACCCAUGUACGCUAGCAAGCAUGGGAAACCUAGCACUAGUACUGCAAGAUCGGGGGAAGUACGACGAAGCAAACAAGCUGAACCGGCGAGCACUAGAAGGGUACGAGAAGGAACUAGGUGUACAUCAUCCACAUACACUAACAAGCGUGGGAAACCUAGCAUUAAUACUGCAAAGUCAGGGGAAGUAUGACGACGCAGAGAAACUGAACCGGCGAGCGCUAGAAGGGUAUGAGAAGGAACUAGGUGUACAUCACCCACGUACGCUAACAAGCGUGGGAAACCUAGCAUCAGUACUCCGAGAUCAGGGGAGGUACGACGAAGCAAAGAAGCUGAACCGGCGAGCGCUAGAAGGGUACGAGAAGGAGCUAGGUGUACAUCACCUAAGUACCCUAACAAGCGUGGGAAACCUGGCAUUAAUACUUCAAAGUCAGGGGAAGUACGACGAAGCCGAGAGGCUGAGCCGGCGAGCACUAGAAGGGUACGAGAAGAGGCUAGGUGUACAUCACCCAUGUACGCUAACAGGUGUGGGAAACUUAGCAUUAAUACUUCAAGGUCAGGGGAAGUAUGACGAUGCAGAGAAGCUGAACCGGCGAGCGCUGGAAGGGUACGAGAAGGAGCUAGGUGUACAUCACCCACGUACGCUAACAAGCGUGGGAAACCUAGCGAACAUACUGCGGGACCAGGGGAAGUACGACGACGCAGAGAAGCUGAACCGGCGAGCGCUAGAAGGGUACGAGAAGGAGCUAGGUGUACAUCACCCACGUACGCUAACAAGCGUGGGAAACCUAGCGAACAUACUGCGGUACCAGGGGAAGUACGACGAAGCAGAGAAGCUACACCGGCGAGCCCUAUAGGGAGAGAAAAGAGGCCCAGAAAGGGCCAUACACAUUGAAUUCCGUUUACGACCUGGCGUACCUUCUACAUAAGCAGAAGCGGUAUAAGGAGGCGACAGAGCUAUACCAGCGAGCGUGCAAUGGUUUCGAACAUAUACUCGGCUCUCACCACCCAAGAAUUAUUGCGUAUCUCAACCAUUAUACCACCACGCAACAAGAAGCAAAACAAAGCUAUCGCCUCCAGUGAGCAGUGGAACGAACAGCAAAAAGGUGAUCACUCUAGGUGUGACUAAAUGGACUAUUACGAAGAGGGUAUUUGAAGCGGAGGCAGCCUGGAGUAUAUUUUAUUCUAAAUAUGUGAGCUGGAUCCCGGCGCAUCGAAGAUCGAUUUCCAGCUUCUGCUUAUAUUUCGGCUCUUUACGAGCAGGAAUGCAAUCGCAAUAACUUUGUGUACCAAAGAAUAUAAGUUUAGAGACAUUGCUUUUGGCGCCAUGCCUUUCGGCUCAUCAUAGGUUAAAG